GCAAUUUUCAAGGCGAACGCGCGAUGCAAAGCUGUUCUGCAGACGGUAAUAAUACUACUACAGUUUUGCAGAGGUCCGACUGCUGUAGGAAUUUGAAGGCGGACGACGAUUUACUAGAUUCUAUUCGUUUUGUAUCGUAUACCGCCGAUUUCUUACAUAGGCGUUUAAAGUUAAAUAAGAAACGCAAAGUCAUAGACGAAUCAAAGUGCGGCGUUAUUUCUUUAUACUUUUCCGCCGAAAAUAUAGAGGCGGUCGUCAGCAGUGUUUUGAAGAGGAUCAUUAGGCAAAUUGAAGAAGAGGAAAGUAAAGGGGAAAUGAAUGAAAAACCCAUCCAGGGACAUUCUGAAGAGGACUUUGAGAGUGUAAAAGAUGAAGAGAGUGAUAUUAGUUUCUCUUCUGCUAACGAAACUGUCGAAACCGUACAAUCCCUAAAGGACGAAGACGAGGAUGAAGAAGAGGAGGCAGAGGAAGAUGAUGAAAAGGAGAAAGAAGCCCCUUCUAAGGAACACGAUAUUAAAGUUAUUGUCACAACUUGCGAUGAGCCCUCCAAUCGCACUUGUUCUACGCAGACCGAAUAUGAACCAAGAAAUCCAAAGUUGGACAGAAGGCAAUCGUUUUCGGAUGGAGAACGUCCGCGGAAAAUUCAAUCUAACACUCGAAGAAGUUUACCGGCACUCUUCUUAAAAGAACAACUUCCUUCAAGGCCCAUAGCUAUGGUAACAGGAACUAAUAAACAAAUCGAGGUCACCGACGAUAGUUCUGAACCGGAAAUAAUCCAUCGUCGAAAACCGUCAAAAAAACGUAAACCAGCUGCUAAUAAUGAAUUAAGAGUUGUGGGAGAUUCGACGCUCGAUGAUAAUGUGAAAAAGUCUUUGACCAGAUCAGCCUCUUCAGCUUCCGUUAUUUUACACAAGAGAUCUUUGUUAAAGAAUUCACAUCUAGGAAGCGUUCCCGAUCUCGAUUUGUUAGAAGGGGAGAAGAUCGGUGCUAAGGACAAGCGUGAAAUGAUCGUUCGCGAAUUGCAUACGACCGAAAGGGAAUACGUUGCCACCUUGCAAAAACUUGUGGAGCGUUAUAUGAUUCCGUUGAAAUCCAACCCGUCGUUCGACAUCAACACUGUUGACGAAAUCUUUUACAAAGUAAAAGAACUAUACAUGCAUCACGCUACUCUAUUGACUUUUAUGAAUUCUCAACCGAUUGGAGAAGCUAUGAAUGCCGUUUUUCAAAAGGAAACAGUCGUUGAAAGUUAUGUAUCGUUUAUAGAGAAUUUUCCAAGGGCAGAGAGAACUUUGGACGUUCUUCUGCAAAGGGCAAUUUUCCAGAGAUUCUGCGAGCAAAUAGAGAAAGAUUUCAAGAGUAAACUUCCUCUUAAAGCACAACUAGUCAAACCCGCUCAGCGUAUACCACGUUAUGAAUUACUUUUGAAACGUCUACUCCAUCACACACCUCCAGAGCAUGCCGAUAGAGCAGGCCUAGAGGCUGCAAUUGUUUCCGUUCAUGCUGUUGCAAUAAGGAUAAACAGCGUGAAAGAAUCGCAAGCAGAACACGAUCUCCACUCAACAGUUAAAAGACUUGAAAACUUGCUAUUAACAGAACUUUCCUCUAAUCCAGAUAGGGCUUAUGUUCGCCACGAUAACGUUGUAACGCCGCCUAGAAACGAACAAUGCGUUCUUUGGUUAUUUACAGAUCUCUUAAUUGUAUCGUCAGCCAAAAGGCGUACUUCUGGUGUCGUUAGACGACCGGCAACGCUUAUGUUACAUUCACACUUGGGAGCAUCCGAUUUUAUCGACAAUGUGAAGCAUAAAGUCUAUUUAAGAGCUGCCCUAGAUUCAGUAUAUUUAUCACCUUUAGUGAAGUCAAAUUCCGUUGAAAGAAGAGAGUUGGAAGAAGAUUUAUCAAAUAUUCAAUCAAUGAGGAGAACUGCGUCUAAUCUUCAUAACGAAAAUGAUAAUUUAAAUAAAACCCUUAUUGAAAUGUUAAGGACCACCGAAGAAGAAUUAGCUGUUGUAAAAAGCGCUGCACGCUUAGAUAUUUACGCUAGUCUACCAGAGGGUAAACGCCAUUUAACCUUUAUUUUUACAAAUGGUGAGAAACGUCAGUAUUGGGAAACCACUUUUAAGGAAACUAAACUUCAAUUAGCAACCCAAUGGCCUAGCUUAAAGACAUCUCCAACAUUCGAGAAUGUCCUAUCAAUCAGACGAACUAGGGCAGGAAUGCAUCUAACAUGCGCUAGCCCUUCCCAAAAUACAGCCGACAUGUGGAUUUGCCAAAGCGACGGUCACGUGACGCAUGUAUGCUUACUAGCAGUAAAUCCAGAGCCUAUAGUUACCUUAAAUACAACGGUGCCAGGUUGCACUUCGAAGGUAACCUGCAUAACCUUGGUUCCUGCAAUAAGAGAUAGGCCAAGGGGAGAGAGAUUACCAUCAAUAAAAUCAGGAGAAUAUGAGCAUAAUGAUGGUUAUGAGAGUGAAGAGGACUCUGAAACGGAAAAAUUGAAACAUUCUAGUAGAAGUACCAUGUGGUUAGGAUCAGCAGAUGGCCGUCUUCACAUCUUCCCUAGUAAUGAGAAUAUAAGGACAACCAAGAGAAGGAGGCAAACGGCCGUUGGAGAUACAGCUGUGAAUGAUCUACUCGUUAUCAAUCCUGAAUUAUUACUCGUUGCCUUAUCUUCAGGACAAGUAGCGGCAGUGCAUAGAACAGAUGAAACUGAUGUGUCAAUUACAAGAGCUUCGGUAGGUUCGCAGGACGAACCGGUUCUUAAAAUGGUUUUGACCGCACAUGGAGAUGUAUGGUGUGCUACAAGUUCUAAAGUCAUAAUUCUAGAUCCUAGGAAUUUAUUAGAGCAAGAAGAGGUAGCUGUAUCUUCGGAUAAUAAAAAAAUACUAACUCUAAGAACAACGGGUUCUUACGGCAUGUGGAUAGCAUUUGCCUAUUCAUCAUCUUUGGUUCUAAUACAUACAUUAACAAGACAGGUCCUAGCAGAAAUCAAUGUUUCCUACGCUGUAUCACAAAGAAUUAAAUGUCUUGACGAUGUCAUUAGACAACAUAAGCUUGCUUGCCUUAGAGUAACGGAUAUCUUGAGUACAGAAGGAGGUGAAUUAUGGAUAGGCACAAGUGCAGGAGUCUUGUUAGUCUUACCUUGUCCCAUUUUAACGCCAACGGCUAGGCCACUCAGUUCAUCACCUACUCCAAUAGCUUUAAGAAGAGGUCAUUCGGGUCUCGUUAGAUUUUUAGCAUCAGUAAAGGCAGACGAUGAUAGGGAUUUAGUUGUUAGCGGAGGUGAUGGUUUUGACGAUUUUGAAAGAUCUGGGGAAGAAGAUGGUACAAAAGAAGAAGAAAUUGGGACCGACGAUAGCUUGAACCAUCUCAUUUUAUGGAGCGUUAAAUCGAAUAUAUAAAUUUUUCAUUUAAGAUAUUUUUGGUAAAAGAGAAACAAAGGAAUAAACAAUGUAGAUAAACAAAUGAGAGUAAUUCAUAUAAAUGUUACUAUAUAAAGUGUCGACAGUACUAAUAUACAAGUAUAUAUUUAUGCAGAUUUAUGCAGUAUUUAUAAAUAUUAUGAUUAAUAGUUGAUAUAUUCAUUACUAACUUCUACUCUUACAAAUUCCAAAGAUACUUUUACGAAAUUUCUCUUGAAAAAUGAAAUAAACAAAAAAAUUCGUACAGUUAUUGAUAUAAAACGUAUAUUGUAAAAUUUGAUUUCUGUUAAUAACUCUUAACGUAUCCAACCAAAAUGGUACCCAAGUAAGAAAGAAUAUUAUAGUUACGCCAAAUAACAUUGUUGCCGAUCUUACUUGUGAUUUUAGAGAUUCACCACCAGCGUUAAUAUUUCUUGCUACUUUCUUCUCAUCUUUUCUAUUUGAAUUUGUGUCUGUUAUCUUUGUUGAGUUAGUUUCUAUUAUUGGCUUAAUUUGGGAUCUUUUUUCAAGUUUUUUAUAAAUUACUAAAUAUAUGCUCACAUAGCAGAAUGUCACAACUAGAAGGACGGCAAAGAAGAAUAGCAUUAAUACAACUCCAAGAAUUAUUCCUCCUAAGCUCAACUUGAAAUUGCAACUAGGAAAUUCUCUCCCGUCCAGCUUCUCAUAUGGGGAAAUUUUGUAAAAUAGUGAAAAAGUUAUGGCUAUUAGAA